AUGGUCCAAUCACUGCAAUUAGCCCAUCGGUUGGAAGAUCUCAAUGUGUUGCUUAUUGGUGCCGGUAAAAUUGCGUCGACGAGAUUUCCCAAAUUGCUACCCACGGGAUGUAAACUUACCGUAGUAGCGAGAGAGAUCGAUGAGACAUUUUAUGAGAGUUUUGUAUCUGGUCAGUUAGAGGGUACCAAUGAAGGAUGGUCUUCUGCGAAGCAAGAAAUUUACAGAAUAGUGCGAGAUGAAUUCAAGACAGAAUAUUUAGAGCUUGAAAACUAUUGGCAUAUAAUAUUAGUUUGCAUUUCUGAUAUUGGAAGGUCUGAGUCGAUUUAUUCCGAGUGUAUCUUAAAAUACGGUGAAUCGCAAUUGAUUAAUGUAGCCGAUGUACCAAAAUUUUGUAAUUUUUAUUUUGGAUCUAAUUUGAAUCUGGCGGAUGAUAAAUUACAAAUAUUGGUUAGUUCGAAUGGUGCAAGCCCCAGAUUUACCGCAUUAGUGAGAAAUGAAAUUGCCAAGACAUUUGAUGAUGAUUUGGAAUUAAGUAUCGCAAUGACAAAAUUGAAGGAACUAAGAAGCGAAAUUAGGAGAUUGACCAAUGCCAGUCGUGAGAAAACGGAUAUUCAGUUUCGUAUGGAAUGGGUGAGACGAUGCACAGAUAUUUAUGGUUUACGAUACUGUCAUCUUUUAGACGUCGAGUCAUUACUCGAACUUUUCUCUGAAAUGUACAGCAAUCGGAGUUUAACUUUCCCGCCAAAGGACGAGAUGCUCACUAAGUAUCUUUCAGUCAAUUGA